AACGGCCAAAAAUAAUUUUGAGUUCAUGGGGUGCCGACGCUUUUGUCUGCGGCCGAUUGCUGCCAAUUAGUUGGACAAUAUUUAAUCUCGUAAGGAACUUAGUUUGUUAAUUGCUUCCAACAGACUUUUUCAUAUUAAACAACCCACAAAGAAUUCAGACCUGGGAACAUUGGAAGUUCUUCUGUAUACAACAAUGGGAGGCGAAACAGGGGACGACGGAGUGGCCGAGUAGAAUCAAUUGCUGGAAGAUCGUGCCAACUCGUAUCAAACUCUGGAGGGAUUGACCAUGAAGGGGAUAAGGAUCGCGGAGCCCCGUAAAGGGUUCCUUCGUUGCCACUUCGUCGUCUCCAAUCGCAUAACCGUCAGUUCUGUUCCGUCUCUCUCUGUUCCUUAAAUUGUCUUCUCUUCUUCUUCUUCCUCUGUUCCUUUUGGGUUUCUUCUUUUGUUUUCCUGUUCAGUUUGCCCUGAUUGUGGUAUUUUAAUCAGGACCCAGAUGGGAAUUGGGAGAUUGGAGCCAUGGCGACACUGAUUGAUGCUGUGGGUGUGACUGCCGUUUACUCUUUGAUCCGCCAUCUCAAAGGUUCAAUUGAAUUGUCCAUCUCUGUUCUCUCCACGGCCAAAGCACAGGUAAAGAGAUUCGUCUUCUUAAGUUUAAAGGUUAGUCAUAUGACCAAAAUGGGGGAAACUGAUUUUCCCUCAAAGUCAAUUACUGAUCUCUCCUUUGAAGGUUAGUUGAUCCUUAGGACUUGCGACUGACCCCAUCCCUGAAAUGUCACUAAUAACACUCAAUCAAUCAAUCAAUCAUUAAUUCAUUGUUAUUGACCUCCUCUACCCAAGUUUGUAUCAAGAAAAGCGAAUUUUGAAUGACAGGAAGAGAUGGAGAUAGAAGCGAAGAUUGUUGGGGGGAGGGGAAGGCUGGUUUCAGUGGUGAUAGAGGUCAGGAGGAAAAGUAACAGAGAGCUGAUUGCCUUAGGGAAACAAUGGGUCGCUAAAGCAAGUAAGCUUUGAUUACUGAUGGACUUUGAUGAACUGUAAUCAAUCCACAGGAUAGAGUGCAGGUUGCAUAACUACGUCACUUGUGUUAUGUAUUUAGAAACUUUAUGGAUCAUGGAUUUCAGAGCACACCUUGCCCAAGCUUGAUGUUUGAUCGAUCACAAAUGGGGUCAUUCACUGACAACGUACUAUAACUCAGGCUCAGCAACAUUUUCCAACUAUUAUAGGUUUGUAAAGCACAGUUGAGCGUCUGAAGGGUUGGAAACAAAAAUCUUUAUCCUGGGCGGCAAAGAAGACGUUGAUUAAAUCCAUUGCUCUGGCUCUACCACUGCAUGUGAUGUCUUGCUUCAAGCUACCACUUUCUUUGUGUCGGCUUUUGGACAAACAUGUAGCCCGUUUCUGGUGGGGGGUAACAGAAGACCACUUCCGUAUUCGCUGGAUGUGCUGGCGGAAUAUGUGCCGGAGUAAGCACGAUGGGGGGUUGGGCUUUCGUCGAUUUGAGCAAUUUAAUUAGGCGUUAUUAGCUAAGAUUGGGUGGCGCAUUCUGAUGGACCCCCAAUCCCUGUUGGCGCAGGUUUAUAAGGGUAACUAUUUUCCAACAGGCACCUUCGUGGAAGCAAAGGCUCGGUCCCGCCCCUCAUGGAGGUGGCAGAGUAUCCUGUAUGGGCGAGAGUUAUUGGAAAAGGGUUUGAGAUGGCAAAUAGGGAAUGGCCGGUCUGCGUCGCUCCUUCACUCUAAUUGGAUUCCGGCUCUUCAGUUUGAUCCUCCUAUGUAUAACCCUCGUGUUCUACCGGCGGGAGGAGAGUGACCAGAAACUUAGCCAGUGGUUUGAUCCACCGACCUGCCGUGCCAUUAAGACUAUACCUCUCCCCCGGUGCCCGGUAGAGGAUAGGCUGAUUUGGCAUGCUUCCCCGGAUGGGGUGUUCUCAGUGAAGUCUGCCUACCAUUUAGCAGUCUCCCUCGAGAAGCGAAGGGGGGUUUGGAAGUCGACGGUUAGUUGGAUGGAUCGAUCAAGCUGGAUUCGUGUUUGGGAAGCGGAUAUUCCUCCCAAAUUGAGAGUCUUUCUGUGGCAGAUUCUUAAUCGGAUUCUGCCUACUACAGAGGCUCUUAUUGGGAAGCAGGCCCCUGUGAAUCCUAGAUGCCCGGUGUGUUGGGCAAGUUCGGAAACUAUGGAACAUCUUUUUCUUGAAUGCCCUGUUGCGAGAGCCCUGUGGGAUUAUUCUGGUUUGGCGCACCUAGGGGAGGGGCUUCCUCGUCAUACGUUCCCUUUGUUCUUUAAAAGGCUGCUGACGUUGAUCUCCCAACCGACUGUGAUUAUGGUUGUCGUGGCUAUCCUCUGGAGGAUUUGGAGAUCGCUGAAUUGGGUUGUCUUUGAGGGCAAGCAGUUUGGAUUUCCGGCCCUUAUGCGCCAGUUCCAACAGCAGUAUGAGGAGUGGGUCCGGUUGCCUGCGGAGAGGGGUCUUUCUCGUGGUAGCCAAGAGCAGACCCGUCAAGAUCGAGAUAGCGCGGAAGGGGUGGUUUGCAUGUGGGAUGGGGCUGUGCGGGUGGGGUCUCAUUCGGCUGGUGGUGUAGUAGUUCUGACCCCGGAUCGGGAAGUUUUAAUGGCAGGGGGGGGGGGGGGGUACAGUUUCCUUGGUUUGAUGAUCCUGUGGUUGUGGAGUUGGUUACUCUUCGUGAGGCGGUUCUGUGGUGUCAAUCACUCGGAUUUACGGAGGUCAACUUUGAAGGAGAUGCUCAAGUUAUCAUUGAUAAAAUCAACAAGGCGGAUUCUAGAGAUAGUCGGUUAGGGGCUGUGUUGGAGGAACUCAUUAUGAUUUUUGAAGGAAGCCCUGGGUUUAGUGUUAGAUUUGUUGGUCGGCGUUGCAAUAGGGUAGCCCAUUUGGUGGCUAGAAAGGCCCUCUCUUUGUAUCCGACCAUGAGUCAUUCUUUUGAUUUCCAGGCCUGGCUGAAUUCCAGGAUGUAACUAUCGGUUUUGAUCAAUCUAAGAUUAUCUUUUGUAAAAAAAAAAAAAAAAGUAAAGCACAGUUGAGCUAUUAAAAAUACAGAAUCAAA